AUGGCGCCCAACGGAACAAAUGGCGCGAAUGGCGCGAAUGGCGCGAAUGGCACCACGCCGUCACGCAAGAUCGUUGUUGCUGGCGCUCAGCUUGGUCCCAUUGACAUGACAACACCCAGAUCAGAUGUGCUUGACCGUUGCUUCAAGUUGAUGGACGAGGCAAAAUCCAAGAACGUCAAGUUGAUUGUCUUCCCAGAGAUCGCACUUACCUCGUUUUUCCCACGCCACCUGAUCCAAGAUCCGGAUGAGUUGGAGACAUUCUUCGAACAGGAGGUGGAAGGUGACCCGACAAAAGCACUCAACAUGAAGCCACUCUUCGACAAAGCCCGAGAGUACGGCAUCGAUGUCAGCAUAGGAUACGCUGAAUGCGCAGACCCAACCUUGACGCCUCACAAGCACUUCAACACCGCGAUCUACUAUUCCGCCAAGGCAGACAAGAUCGUCGGCAAGUACCGUAAAGUCCACCUACCUGGCACAUUCGAGCCAUACGAGCGCAAGGACGCCACGAACCAGCUUGAGAAGCGGUACUUCGCGCCAGGCAAUCUCGGCUUCAAGGCGUUUCGCGUCCCAGGCCUCGUUGAAAACGCAGCCACCAAGUCCUCCGGCCAGGAAGCCAACAGUGCGGACACUAUCGGUCGCGGCGACCCAAUCGUCGGCAUGAUGAUUUGCAACGAUCGCCGCUGGGCGGAAGCCUGGCGCGCAUAUGGCCUGCAGGGCGCCGAGCUCGUCCUCGAGGGCUACAACACCACAGGCUGGGCACCCGAGCUGCUGGGAACGAACCCCAAGAAUCAGACGAAGGAGCAGGUCAAGGAGGAAGCCAUCUUCCACCACAAGCUGUCCGUACAGCAUGGCAGCUACACCAACGCUUGCUGGAGCGUUAAUGUGGCAAAGUGCGGAUUGGAAGAUGGGAAGUACCCGUUGAUCCCAGGGAGCUGUAUUGUAGAUCCGGACGGGGCGAUUGUAGUUGAGGCGAAGACGGAGGACGAUGAGCUGUUUGUGUGGGAAUGUGAUUUAGAUUUGUGUAAACGGGGGAAGGGGAAGGUGUUUGCCUUUGAGAGGCAUCGCAGGACGGAGGCUUACGGGAUAUUGGUUGAGCAGACUGGGGUUAAGGAGCCGGAGCUUUUGUAG